AUCUGUUGCAAGCAGCAGAAGGGAGGAGAGCUCUUCUUCCCAGUGGGUUGCAGCAGAUUACCAGCUGGGGCACAGAGGACCAGCCACUCCACUCUCUUCUGGCCUGAUCCUUCUUAACCAUCACCUCACUGUCCUGUGGCAGCUAUCAUGGACUUCUCCUUUAUGUACCGCUGGUUCAAAAACUGCAAUCUGGUGCGAAACCUCUCAGAGAAGUAUGUCUUCAUCACUGGCUGUGAUUCAGGCUUUGGGAACCUGCUGGCUCGGCAGCUGGUUGAUCGGGGCAUGCGGGUGCUGGCUGCUUGCUUCACUGAGGAGGGGGCCCAGAAACUUCGGCAGGAUACCUCCUACCGUCUGCAGACCACCCUACUAGAUGUGACCAAGACGGAGAGCAUCCAGGCAGCAGCCCAGUGGGUGAGGAACCAAGUGGGUGAGCAAGGUCUCUGGGCCCUGGUGAAUAAUGCUGGAGUGGGCAUACCCAGUGGUCCCAACGAAUGGCUGAACAAGGAAGACUUUAUGAAGGUGAUCAAUGUGAACCUGGUGGGACUGAUUGACGUGACCCUCCACAUGCUGCCUAUGAUCAAGAAAGCCCGGGGCAGGGUCAUCAACAUGUCCAGCUCUGGUGGCCGUGUGGCUGUCAUUGGUGGUGGCUACUGUGUCUCCAAGUUUGGUGUUGAGGCAUUCUCUGACAGCAUCAGGCGUGAGCUCCACUAUUUUGGGGUAAAGGUCUGCAUCAUUGAACCGGGAAACUACAGGACAUCCAUUCUGGGCAAGGAGGGCAUGGAGUCCCGCAUGCGAAAGCUGUGGGAGAGGCUGCCUCAGGAGACCCGGGAUAGCUAUGGAGAUGAAUACUUCCAAAUAUAUACUGAAAACUUAAAAAACAUAAUGCAGUUGGCUGACCCAAAGAUCAGCGAUGUCACUAAUAGCAUGGAGCAUGCUGUUGUUUCCCGGAGCCCUCGCGUCCGCUACAAUCCUGGCCUGGAUGCCAAACUCCUCUACCUCCCCCUGGCUAAGUUUCCCACCCCUGUGACAGAUUUUAUUCUGAGCCGGUACCUUCCACGGCCAGCUGACAGUGUCUGAGCCAGGAAGGCUGCAGGGUUGUCAGUGAGAAAUAAGGAGAAGGGACUGUGGCUCACA